AUGGCAGCAGCAGCGAUCACGACCCACCCACUGCCUCUCCCUCCCAGCGCCGACCCGUCCUACUUCCACACCUUUGGCACCGAAGUCCGUGGGCUAGAUCCCGGCAACCUCACUCCCUCCCAGUUCAAGCUCGUCGAGGACCUUCUAUACAAGCACUCGGCGCUCCUCUUCCGCAACGCUGACCUCAGCCCUGAGCAGCAGUACACACUCACGAAGGCUUUCGAUCCGAGCAGCGAGAGCUAUGGACAUGGGAAUAAUAAGACUGGGGGGGAGAAGAAGAGUAUCUUGCACCCGGAUCUGAAGACGAUCCCGAGGCAACCCCAGGUUCAGUUGAUCGGGAAUGGACUGGUACCGGAACACGAGGGGUUGGUUAACGCACAGCUCAAGCACCCGCACCAUCGGACUUUCCACAAAACCGUCGUCCCUCCGGAAGACGACCUCAAGUACACGCGUUUCUAUCGCUGGCAUAUCGAUGCGGCGCUCUACGACCUCUCCCCUCCCAAGGUCACCACCCUGUACGCACUCGCUGUGCCGCAAGGCGAGGCCCAGGUGUGCAGGUACGACGACGGGACGGGGGACGAGCUGCCCGUUCCGCUCGGUACGACCGCGUUCGUCAGCGGGAAGACGAUGUUUGACCUCCUUCCCCCUGAAAUGAAGAGCGUUGCGGUACGAACGACGGUCAAGUACGCCCCGCAUCCGUACGUGUGGAUGGCCCCUGCCCAUGCGCUCUCCACGGGUUUGGGACUGGAAACCGAGGGCUUGGAGCUCCCGCUCAACGAACUCCCGCAGUGGGAGGAGGGGAAAGUCAAGUUCCUCCCCAUGCUGUGGAAGAACCCUGUCACAGGGAAUCUGCACUUCGAAGUCCACCCCUGUGGUAUCCAAGAGCUGCUUAUCGCCCCUCUUCCAAAGGGAGCGUCGCGUGACAAUGACGGUGCAUCGUACCCCUCUGGUGCCCAUCUUACGGAACUCAAAGACGUACGCGACCUGGUGUACAAGAUGCAGCGCCCGGCUAUCGCUCCUGCCCUCGUGUAUCCUCAUGACUGGAACGAGAAGGACCUUGUUAUCUUCCACAAUCGCGGGGUGUUGCAUAGUGUUGUCGGCGCGUUCGCGGAAGGACAAGUGCGGAUGUUCCACCAGUGUAACCUCGCGGCGAGCGACGACCCCGCUGGACCGAGCGAGGAGGACAUCAGGAAGUAUGCUUGAGCUUCUUUCAAU